AUGUGACUUGAACGCGCGGACCAGGAGUAAAGUCAGCUCGGUGACGCUCUCCCACUGUACAGGAGGGCUCCAGAUAAAAAAGACCGACAUACACUCCUCCCUCUAUUCACUACACUGAAUUAGUCAGCGGGCCAAAGUACCGCUACUCCAAAAAGACGAGAAGGUACGCUUACUGAGGUUCUUGAAGGGACCAAAAGACACUAAAACGGACUUGCUGAACACAAGAAACGAGACUUGUUUUAGAAAGAGCGAAGCUUCAACCCGUCCGUGCUCACCCGGCUCUCUUCUCCUUUGUUAUCGGUGCAAAACUUCGGCUCUGUCAGCAUUUACGGGCCACCCAUCCUGCACACGUUACCUUUGACACGGGUUGUCCCCGUUUGACUUUCGGGAUCAUUUUAACGUGGGAAGAGAAAAAGAUAAGGCUGAACAUUGAUCACCUUGUAACCGCAGAGCUCAUCUUAAAUCAAAGAGAAGCGGAAACAGCCCUCAGACAGGAUACUUCAGAGUCAGUGGGAUGUUAGAGCACUGGAAGAAGGACUGACUAAAGGAGCAUGGUGAAACACCAACCCCUCCAGGUCUAUGAGCGCCAGCUGUGUUUGUCAUGUAUCACUGGGAUUUAUGGUUGUCGCUGGAAACGUUACCAAAGAUCCCAUGAUGACACCACCAAGUGGGAGCUGCUGUGGUCCCUCAUCCUGCUCUUCACCUUCUCCCUGCUGCUGGUCUGGUUCUACUUCUGGUGGGAGGCUCAUAACGACUACAAUGAGUUCAACUGGUUCCUCUACAACCGCUCUGGGGAGUGGAGUGAUGGAACGGUUCCCAUCCUGGCCACCACUGCCGCUGGCUUCACCUACAUUGCAUUCUUAAUGGUUUUAGCACUUUGCCACAUUGCACUUGGACAACAGUUGAAUUUGCACUGGCUCCAUAAGAUAGGAGUGACUGCUGCUCUGCUCACUACAGUUGUUGGGGUUAUAUCUGUCACUCAAACAUGGGGGCAAGAGUGGGACAUCAUCCCCAUCUCACUACAGGCCACGGGACCAUUCCUGCACAUUGGGGCUCUUGCUGCGGUCACAGCACUGUCUUGGAUUGUGGCUGGACAGGUCGCCCGCUCAGAAAAAACAAUGUUUCAGGUGGUGGUCAUGCUGCUGUAUCUCACUGUGUUACUGGGACUCUACGUGAUACCCCUCUACAUCACCUCCCCCUGCAUAAUGGAUCCCAGCUCCCUUAAACAACGCCCUGAUGUCAUUGGCCACCAGGGAGCCCCCAUGCUUGCUCCUGAGAACACGCUAUGGUCCUUCCAGCGAGCUCUGCAGAUGAACGUCACUGGGUUUGAGGCUGAUGUUACUAUCAGUGAGGAUGGAGUCCCUUUCCUCUUGCACGACCGCACCCUGCAGAGGACCACUGAUGUACAGAAGGUUUUCCCAGACAGACAGAUGAUUGAUGCCUCCUUCUUCAACUGGACAGACCUGCAGCAGCUCAACACAGGACAGUGGUUUCUCAAGGGUGACCCAUUCUGGACAGUGAACACAAUGUCCCCCCAUGAGAGGUUUCUGAUUACCAACCAGAGUUUGUGCAGCCUGGAGCAGCUUCUAAAACUGGCUUCCUAUCACAACACCACAGUGGUGUUUAGGCUGAAGAGACCUCCUCAAGAGCACCCCUGCUAUCACAGCUGGAUCAAUGAUACACUGCAGGCUGUGCAGCAAUCUGGCAUUCCUCAUAGCCUGGUCAUGUGGACUCCAAAAGAAGACAGAGCAAUGAUAAAUCAGCUGGCGCCUGGCCUGAUCCAGACCUCACUGGAGAAACUAAGUCCUCAAAGUCUGGAUCACUCUGGCAUCAGCAGGCUGUUGCUCAGAUACAACCAGACCAGCACACAGGAAAUCAGAGACUUCUCCCAGAGCAAUAUCAACCUCACCCUCUACACAGUCAACGAGCCCUGGCUGUACUCUGUGCUCUGGUGCAGUGGGGUGUCAUCAGUCUCCUCAGAGGCCCCACAAAUCCUUAAUAAGGUGCCUUACCCCAUCUGGCUCAUGAGACCAGAUGAAUACUGCCUGAUGUGGGUGUCUGCAGACCUCAUCUCCUUUGCUGUAGUCAUAGGAAUAUUCUUUUUCCAAAAGUAUCGUAUGAGUGGUAUGCACAGCUACAAUCCUGAACAGAUCAUGCUGAGUGCUGCAGUCAGGAGGUCCAGCAGAGACCUCAAUGUGAUGAAGGAGAAACUCAUCUUCUCUGGUCAACCCCAGUAGCAGCCUGUGUGAUGUGCACCACCUCCUGUUCAUGCUACCACCUGUGUGACUUCUCCCUUUAUUCCAUGCAUUCAUUGCAUCCCUGGUUGCCUGCCACUUCUGUCUACUGUGCCCUUCUUCCCUUCAUUCAUCCAUCCAUUCAUCCGUUCCUUCAUGCACCAAACCUCCCCCAUAAUUCUCUCGCUGGAGACAAGGUCAUGUGUUCGGGAGUUUAAACCCGCCCCUAUCUGUCUUAGACAGCCUCUAGUGCAGGGGGUAAAGAGGUUGGAAAUGGUGUUGAAAGUGCUGAGGAUCUGUAUGCAGAUAAUGGCUACGACUACUACACCAAUCAGGGCAUAAGCCACUGACUGGGACUCAUCUUUGUGAAUCUGCUGUAGCGAGGAGGAGACUACAACACGUUGUGUUUGAAUCAAUCCUUCCUAGUCAGUAAGAGGUCUGUCCUCCUCUUUCCUGCUGGUUAACUGAUGGACUGCAGAACGCGAUGGAGGAAAAAACACCCAGUCGCUUCUUGUAACUCUGUAAAUAGUUUAACUUCUUGCUUGUCAGACAAACUGUAUAAUACACAGGAAUAAAUGCACUUUUUAUGAAUAGGAUUCAACAAAUCAGUGGCCUCCUCUCUCAUGUCUAAAUGUUAGAGAGGCUCAUGUGAGUUACCAAUGCCUGCUUCUUUGUAAAGAUGUGUUUCCAGAUUGUUUUGAGCUGAUUCAGUGGAGCAGUUCUUUGUUUUUAACUAAUGUACAUGAUGUUAUUGUCUUAACGGAUACAUUUCUUUUUUAAAGGCUCUUUUAAAGGGUUUAUUGCUUUAUGAAACUAUUACAUUAACAGUUCAUUAUGCUCUUGCCUUCUGUCAACACUCAGCUGUGCUGUUGUUCACAAAAGAUAUAUCAUUAUUUAUAUUUAAAGAAAAACCUAAAAAGUCAAAUAAGCAGUUUACAAAAGUCCUGCCUUCUAUUCCUCGAGAAAACUUCACAUGGUGCAUGAAGAUUGUUUUACUACUUUGAUAGAGGUUGAAUGGCCCCAUUUCCCUACUUUUGACCAGGGCAUAUAACAGUAAUGAUCAUAUCAACUUGUGUGAGUGUGUGAGUGUGUGAGUGUGUGUGUGUGUGAGCUGGGCUCCCAGUGCAACCAGAAGAACUGGUGGAAAUGGUCUUAGGACAUUUGUGCAGUCUUUUACGGUUAAUGUGAAUGUGUUUGGAUCGUUUGCCUUUAUUAAAGACGUGUAUAAUGUAUUAUGUGUAAACUUGGCUGGUAUAUAUUUUUAACCUUGUGUGCAGUGCUAUAAUAGGUGUUAUAGUACAUAAAAGGGGAACCAAGAUAACACAGCCAACUAAGAAUUUGAACUAUGUGACAGUUCUAAACUGUUUAUUAUGAUAGCAAUAGUUAGGUCAAGAUGGAAGUCAUGACACUUCCAUGUCAGCCUCUGAACUGCUGUUAAGUCUGUGGUAUAUUAGUAUAAACAUACACGAUGCAUCUAAAUGUUGGUUGCUGAAACUGAAUGCUGAUUGGUAACUGAAGUGGGUGCUUAAUGUGAAAUAAAGCUCUUGGCUUAUUGAAGGGACGCUACAGGUAUUACAACAGGCAGCACAGGAUCAAGAGCUUGAUGUUGCCUUUUGUGUUUUUUUUUCUCAUCUUAUGGUAUUAUAGUGUGCCUCAGAAGUCAACAGUUAAAAGCUUCUAUUACUGGAGUUUUGUGUAUUGUUUUGAUAGCUUUCUUUUCCUCCAUUUAUUAAUAAUACAUUUCAAAACAGGGAAAAAAAUGCAAGUUAAAACCAGAGUAUCGCAGGUCGUUCCCAGCACCAGGAAGAUCUCGCUAAAUGUAUGGAGCAUGAGAUGAACUUUGUCAAGACGACACGGAUGUGCAUGACCCACAAAAUGGAUUAUGUUUGACAGGACUUCAAUAAAGCAACGAUGGAGAAGAUGA